GCCACUUGGUUGGUUGAUGCAUAGCUCCCCACUUCCCACUUUCUUGAAGACUUGUCUCACCCACUUCAAACUACUGCAAUAAAACAACGGAGAUACAGCGCAUGAACUCACCUCCACCACAGAAAGAGGGAAGGAAACAAGCUAAACUUGAAAAACGAGUUGAGUUGCUUUUCUCAUCGUUACACAAGCAAAAGUCAGCAGCUUUUUCUAACACUGACACAACAGCUCUGCGCUUCGGACCUGUGUCCCUAAAACUGCCUUUAUCUCGAUGCUCACCCUCUUGUAAUUUAUAUCUGAAUUGCCACUUGUUGAAUAGCAGUACCCUGCCAUGAGCGAAGAGGACGCAGCGUUCAAGGUUCAGGAAGAUAAGAAGAGGUGAACGGCUGACGCGUAGCUUGUGUUAUGUUACCCAAAGGCUGGUAUCAUAUUACCGCUGGCAGCAGGUAAGGGCGAAACCUGAGCUGUAUUCAGAUCCCCGAGCCUCUGACAAGCAGGAACUGGGACUGAAAAAGGCGUGUUGAAGAAGCCAAAGUAGCUGACUGCUUCCUGUUGUUUUGAAUUGGAAGAAGAGCGUUACCAUGGGUAAGAAGACAAAGCACAGUCUAUUGCUUUUGCUGUAUUUUUCUGGACUUGUUCACUCUUCAGUCGCUAUAGCUUUUUGGACUGCUUUGGUGCAAAUCAAAUACUUAAACAGCCUCAACCAGACGGUGAUCCAAGAAUGUGAGUGUGGACAGUUUGGCCGCAACUCUCCGCUUGCUCAAGCCGGAGGUGUUGUCAUUCUUCCUAACAAAUACCCCGAUGGCUGCAAGCCGGAUCCCGUGUACAAUGGUACUGAGUUACCCUGGAUAGCGCUCGCUCAAAGGGGAAACUGUUCUUUCAGCGAGAAAAUUAAUGCCGCCAAACGUCAAGGAGCGAUGGCCGUGGUGGUGUUCGAUGACGAUGGAAGUGGCAACCGCACCAUUACCAUGAAGCAUGAAGAGGCACUGGAAAUUGUGGCUAUCAUGAUUGGCAACAUUCAAGGCACGGAGAUUGCCGGCUUGGUAAAAAACGGUACGGAAGUGCAGAUGUUCAUUGAUGCAGGCAAUCCUCACGGCCCCUGGAUGGAUACCUACUGGCUUUACUUCAUGUCCAUUGCCUUCUUCAUCGUAACGGCAGCAUCUGUGGCCUACUUCUUGUUUAUUUCGGCCAACCGCCUCUACAACAUGCGCAUGCACCGACGUGCUGAGAGGAGGCUGAAAUCCGAGGCCAAGAAGGCCAUCGGCCAUCUGCAAACGCGCACUCUCAAGCGAGACGACAAAGAGACGACUGGUGACGAGGCUUACAUGUGUGCCGUAUGCAUCGAGUCAUACAAAGCGGGCGAGGUGGUAACGGUGCUCACGUGCGACCACAUUUUCCAUAAAGCCUGCAUCGAGCCGUGGCUGCUUGAGAAAAGGACAUGCCCCAUGUGCAAAUGCGACAUUCUCAAGGCUCUAGGAGUUGAGGUGGAGAAGAAGAGCCUGUCCCAAGCUUCUCCACAAGAGGUCAGCAUCAUCACAGUGGCAGGUGGGGAAGCCAUGUACGAGGUCCCUCUCACCGAUCCUCUGAACUCUGACCCCGAGAGACAACAGAAUCACUAUGACAACAGGGCUUUUGAGGAGGAGACUGCAAGAAGACAGUGACAGAACUAUUACUAUGAGUAAAUGCAGUCAAAUUAAGAGGUUCAAAUCAGUAUGCCUAUUUUUCUCGGACACAAUGAAUGUACGUCCUCACUGGUAUACAGUGAACCACGCUGCAAUGGCCUAUAGAUGUCAACACACUUUCCCUAAAGCAAUUCUAUUUUGCUUUGGCCUUAGCACCUUUUCUAGCAAAUAACGAAGGAAUAUCAUCAAAAUGCUGGGGUUCAAUGUAGCUUCACAGGAUGUUUUCGAUUGAUUGUCCACUUAAUAAUGGAAUUGCACCUUCUGUAAUUACCUUGGAUGCCAAUUAAGUUUUUGUUUAUAAAAAUGUUCUGCGUAAGUGAGUAAGUCAAGGCAGGGCGAGCGCAGGUUCAAUUCCGCUUUGCUUGACAGCACAGCGAGUCACCACUGUUUCAGAACGAAGUGCAAUAGAACAUUAAUUAGGUUAUCUCUGCUGGUCAAUUUUUUUCUUUUCUUUUCAUGGACAAAAAAAAUAUUUCUUGUAAAUUAACAGAAACUUUCUCAUUUUAUUUUGGCUAUUCCUUUAACAUGGCAAAACACACACCAGGUUGUCAAGCUGGAUUUGCAAACAAGCUGGUGAACACACCCUUGGCUACAAAUGCAGCAUGACACAUUGGUGAGUGGAGAACAUCACCUUAGGGGCUUCUGGUACGCCUUCAGCACACGAUCCAUAGAAACAUGUACAUGUUAGCACAUAUCAAAUACUUCCUUGUUGAUUCUGUUCACCUUGUACUUGGAAGUGGAAAGUUCCACUAUAUUUUACACCAGCAAUAAAUAUCAAAGUCGAGAUGAAGUCAUUGAUAAUGGUGAUUGGAUAUUUGUUUAUUGAGGGGAGGGUCUUUAUGUGUACUCAUUUUAGAAUUAAUUGCACACUUUGAGAUUGUGUUAUCAAAAACGUGAUAUCUGUGUAUAUUCCUGUAUCUUUGUAUAUAUACAAGAGCAUGUUAGAAUGAACUGAUAAGAAACUGUACAGUAUCUACAGUACCUACAAAAUCAUAUUAGGCUAUAUUUUCGGACAGGUUAAAGAUACAUGCAAUACCUGAGAUAAAGUGAGUCCUCCCUACAGAAUUAGAGGAAAUACAAUUUAUAUCAGUUUGCCAUAAGACCUGUGUUGUUGUUAAUUGUACCUGAUAAAUAUUUGUCCAUCUGAAUCAUUUUUACUGUGUUACAGAGCUUAGAUGUCCUAAAUCAUUCUGUAACCAUGACUACCUUGUGUUUUAUGAAAUCACAUUGAUGCGUAUCAGAAUGCAAUAAAUCCCUCAAAAUGAGGCUGAUUAUUAUAGGCGGCAGCAUGAGAGAAUUGUGUGUUUAUGUGUAAGCAACCCACAACAUUAUGAAUACUUCUGCAACGUAAUCUCUACAAUCUCUCACACUGUGAGGCAGUUCACUUUUACAUUGCUAAAAACCAGAAGAACAGUGAAAAACAGUACCUUUCUGAUAAUGUCACAAAAAUCUGAGCAUUGCUAUAACUUUUAUCAGGCUGUACAUAUGAGACAUGCUUAAAAUCACAUUAAAAAGAACAGUACCAUAGACUUCAUAAUAUUUGACAGGACACGGGAAACGGGGCCGAUCCGUAAGGGGGCCUAUUUUCCAAAACUUCAAAUUCAAAUAUUCUCAAAACCAAAGCCGCUACCAACCUAAAACCAAAACAGGCACCUAACUUAGCCAUAUAUGAGUCUCCAUGAGCAGCGGCAUAAAAAAAUUCCAAGUCGUUCCCUUAUAAAAUCCCAAUUAAGUAUAAAAAAAACUUUAAAUGGCUAUAAAAUUCUCAGAUUUUACACUAGAUGCACAUAAAUCACGAAAUGCAGAGAUAAUCACCUAUAUUUUCAGGCUCAAUAGCAAUAUUUAACAGAUAUGUUUUUGACCAAAAUAGCA